AUGUCUUCUGAGCAGGCAUUCGCCGGUUCCGACCUUCGCAGCGCUGCUCAGGACUACAAGCGCGAUGCAGAGCACAAGGCCAAAUGGGCUAUGGGCGUCACCAUCACUCCAGGCCGUGGUGAGGCCAACCCGAGACCUAGAAAGCGAUCCGAGACUCACAACCACCGCCGCGUCGAGAGAAGUGCCGCAGCUGCCGCCGCUAUCGCUAGCAAGGCCAAGAUAUCUCGCAAGCAGGACAUGCUCGCUGCUGGAGACGACUUCGCCAUCAGCUCCGAAGACAGCAGCGGUGCCUCUGGCGACGAAGCCAUGACCCCCACCGAGAUUCUCUACGGCUUCGACUCCCUCCGCGUCCCCACCCACGGUAGCCAGAUCCUGAACACUGCCCUUGCAAAGGCCAUCGAGCAGUACGAGGACAAGGAGACCGUCAAGCUUGUGCGCAACGAGUACGAGAUCCUUGACGGUGAUGAAGAGGAGGCUCACAACCUCGGCCAUGCUUCCACCAAGCCCAAGCUGUUGGACGCAGAGGACGCCGAGUACGAGUUCGUCUAA